UCUUAUCCAAGGGUUUUAUUGACCCAUAUUCCAUUGUAUCGACGUGAUUGGACAUAUUGUGGGCCUAAUCGCAAAACUCCAGUUAUCAACCAGGUACUUAUCUUGUCUGGUCACGAUCAUGAUCAAUGCACUAUAACUCAUAAGUCAACAUCCGGGCCUGUAAUGGAGGUAUGCAUCCACUUUAUUUGUCUGCAACACACUGUAGGAACUGUAAGUUGGCAGGAGGGAAACAUGUACCCAUCUUUCAUGUUGUUGUCUGCUACUAAUGUUGUACUUUCAAACACUUCAAGUCCUGAUGAAGAAAUAUCAACUCAGCUGUACUUUCUUCAAGCAAUUGUUUAUCUAUCAUAUACUAAUUGUAGUUUUAGAUAACACUUACAUAGUUAUUGUAAGUGUAUAUUUUAAUAUUGUAAUUUUUAGAUUUGGAACAUACUGAGUUCUAUUGAUUUUGUCUGCUUGUUGAUUCUGUCUGAACUAUGUUGUAAUUAUACAGAAAAUUAUGAAUGAAUUAGUGGUUGAAAAUAAUGAAAUGAAAAAAUUCUCAUAUUCU